UUUUCUUGAAUAUGCAGUAUUAGUACAAUGAAUAUUGACGUUACAGAUUUUGGUACAUUAUCAACUGGCGAAACAGUAAAAAAGUUUGUAUUAACUAAUAACAAUGGUAUUGCCGUAUCUUUGAUGAAUUAUGGUGCAACAAUGGUUGGUGUUUCAUGUCCAGACAGAACUGGACAAUUUGAUGACAUUUUGUUAGGAUUUGACACAAUCGAAGGUUAUGAAAACAAUCAAUAUUUUGGUUCAACUAUAGGAAGGUUUGCGAAUCGCAUACAUCGUGGUAGAUUUAUUUUAGAUGGAAAUACAUAUCAGUUAGCUUGCAAUGAUGGUGAAAAUCAUUUGCAUGGUGGAAAUAUAGGCUUUAACAUGAAAAUGUGGGGAUGGGAAGUGCAUGCUGAUAAUGUUCAAUUUCUUCUUACAAGUGAAGACAAGGAUGAAUUAUAUCCCGGCUGUGUUAAUGUUUCUGUCACUUACAAACUUACUGAUAAUAACGAAAUCACAAUGAUACUUAAAGCUGAACCAACAGACACUGCAACUAUUGUCAACAUGACCAACCAUGCUUUUAUCAACCUUGCUGGUCAGAAGACAGAAAGCAGUAUUCUUGACCAUACGUUGGAAAUCAAUUCAAAUCAAUACCUCCCACAUGUUAGCGGCAUUCCCACUGGUGAAAUAAAAACUGUUGAUCCACGUUUUGAUUUCACACUUGGAAAGAAGGUUGGGGACGACAUUGAUAAAGUGGAGGGAGGGUAUGAUCACAACUACUGUUUGAAAGAUGGCCAAUCUUUUUGUGCAAGACUUUAUCAUGAUCUCUCCGGAAGAGAAUUAGAAAUCCAUACAAGCCAGCAUGGUGUCCAAUUUUACUCCGGAAAUUUUCUUGACACCAUUGGAAAAAAUGGCAACCGCUACACAAAAAGAACCGGUCUAUGUUUAGAACCUCAAAACUACCCGGACAAUGUAAAUCAGCCAUCAUUCCCUUCAUCUAUUCUUCGACCUGGAGAAGUAUAUGAACAUUUUAUUACAUGGAAGUUGAGUACACGAUAGGUGUUGGUAGUAAAAGUUAAGAAGAGAAUCAAAUUUAGGAAGUGUAAGUUUUUGCAACACGCCCACCCUCUGAAAUUAAAAGCUUUGGGUGACUUUUAUCAGUUGUUUCUUGGGAAUGUAGUAUACAUGUAUACAUGAUUUUGUUUAGUUGUUUAGUUGUUUGUUUGUUUGUUGUUUUUUUUGUUUGUCUGUUUUUGUUUCUCUUUCUGCAUAAAUGUAUUUUUAGCAUCGUGAUUGGAAAUAGAAUUUUUUUUUGCAAAUAAAGUUUACAGGAAAAAAACAAAAGUAUAAUUUAGUCUCGGAUACAAAUUCUAAGUCUGUCAAAACUGAGCUCGUGAAACAAUAUGUUUACAAGAAAGAACAUUCACCAAUUUUCAACCUGUGAAAUUGAGCUCAUGAAUACUCUGGAAUCACAAAGAUGUUAUGUUUUAUCUAGGAAGGAUAAAAAGAGAGAGAUCUCUUCUUCUAUACUCCUACGUUGUAUAAAUGCUUACAUGUUUAAUAUUUUAGAAAAAUGUUAUAUAGAAAUUAAUAAUUAGAUAUAUUUAGUAUAUCAUUUAGACUUGUAGAUAUUCGCAGAAUUUUAUGAAACAUUUUUUCUGAUUUAAAUUUGAAACUAGAAGUUAAUUUUAGGGGUGAGGUGAACUCCUGAUUGAAAGUUUGCAUAAAUUACAGCAGUUAAUUUAUUAUGCUCCAUACUAUAUAUGCUAAAUUAAACUCCAAUAAAAACCAACAAAUUCAUUUUAAGGUCGGUUUACAUGAAAGUAAAAAGUGUUAAACAACUGUACAACAGUCACUGUUACGGCUUUAAUGGAAACACAUGUUGUACAGCAAAUAUUGUAGAAAUAGAUUUUUUUCUAUCUCCACAACAGAUACAAAACAUCUUUUGUACGACAAUUAAUGACUGCAAUAAAAACCGGCAUUUAUGUAUUUAUACUGCACGUUAUUCAAAGCCCGGUGUAUCGUUAUAAUGUGAAUUUUUAGUUCUAUAUUUAGUAAUCGUUUAAAAAAUAAUUCGGAAUGCUCCGUUUUAACACCUCUCCUGUUAAAAGCAGAACUAUUAUAAAAAAACUUGCAAACUGACUACCUAUCCUCUCUGAUAUUCAUUAGUCGUGGUACAAAAAAGUUAGUGUCAACCCCCCCCCCCCCCUUUUUAUUUUACAAACACAUAGUAUUUAGUAUAUAGUGAAUUAAUUUUUUUAUAAUAUUUUAUGUUAAAUGUGUUUGUAGAUGAGAAUUUUUUUUAGAAUAUUUUAUUAGAAUAUAUGACAACACAAUCGCA